GAGGGUGUGGAUGGCGUCGGACUCGAGACGCCUCCCAGCCUCCCGGGCCCUCGCCACAUAGGCUCGGGAGCCGGCCGAGGGGCCAGCCCGCGCAACCGAAGCCGAGACCCAGGCCGGGCUGCCGCGCGUGCGCAAGCGCACCCGCGCGCCGGCCGUCGGUCACGUGGCCCCCGGCCAGGGCUCGCGAAGCCGGAAGUGGCCUGAGGCGCCAGGAGGCCGCGGGAGCCCGCUGGCGGUGGCGCGGCGGAGACCGGGCGCGUAUAGCAAGAGGAUUGCCUGACCACGCCGAGAUGCAGAGCACUUCUAAUCAUCUGUGGCUUUUAUCUGAUAUUUUAGGCCAAGGAGCUACUGCAAAUGUCUUUCGUGGAAGACAUAAGAAAACUGGUGACUUAUUUGCUAUCAAAGUAUUUAAUAACAUAAGCUUCCUUCGUCCAGUGGAUGUUCAAAUGAGAGAAUUUGAAGUGUUAAAAAAACUCAAUCACAAAAAUAUUGUCAAAUUAUUUGCUAUUGAAGAGGAGACAACAACGAGACAUAAAGUACUUAUUAUGGAAUUUUGUCCAUGUGGAAGUUUAUAUACUGUUUUAGAAGAACCAUCUAAUGCCUAUGGACUACCAGAGUCUGAAUUUUUAAUUGUUUUGCGAGAUGUGGUGGGUGGAAUGAAUCAUCUCCGAGAAAAUGGCAUAGUCCACCGUGAUAUCAAGCCAGGAAAUAUCAUGCGUGUAAUAGGGGAAGACGGACAGUCUGUGUACAAACUCACAGAUUUUGGUGCAGCUAGAGAAUUAGAAGAUGAUGAGCAGUUUGUUUCUCUGUAUGGUACAGAAGAAUAUUUGCAUCCUGAUAUGUAUGAGAGAGCAGUGCUGAGAAAAGAUCAUCAGAAGAAAUAUGGAGCAACUGUUGAUCUUUGGAGCAUUGGGGUAACAUUUUACCAUGCAGCUACCGGAUCACUGCCAUUUAGACCGUUUGAGGGGCCACGUAGGAAUAAGGAAGUGAUGUAUAAAAUAAUUACUGGAAAGCCUUCUGGUGCGAUAUCUGGAGUACAGAAAGCAGAAAAUGGACCAAUUGACUGGAGUGGAGACAUGCCUAUUUCUUGUAGUCUUUCUCGGGGUCUUCAAGUUCUCCUUACCCCUGUUCUAGCAAACAUCCUUGAGGCAGAUCAGGAAAAGUGUUGGGGUUUUGACCAGUUUUUUGCAGAAACAAGUGAUAUACUUCACCGGAUGAUAAUUCAUGUUUUUUCACUACAACAAAUGACAGCUCAUAAAAUUUAUAUUCAUGACUAUAAUACUGCUACUGUAUUUCAUGAACUGGUGUAUAAACAAACCAAGAUUAUUUCUUCAAAUCAAGAGCUUAUAUAUGAAGGACGACGUUUAGUUCUAGAACCUGGAAGACUGGCACAGCAUUUCCCUAAAACUAUUGAGGAAAAUCCCAUCUUUGUAGUAAGCCGGGAACCUCUGAAUACCGUAGGGUUGAUAUAUGAAAAAAUUUCCCUCCCCAAAGUACAUCCACGUUAUGAUUUAGAUGGGGAUGCCAGCAUGGCUAAGGCAAUAACAGGAGUUGUGUGCUAUGCCUGUAGAACUGCCAGUACCUUGCUGCUUUAUCAGGAGUUAAUGCGGAAGGGGAUACGAUGGUUGAUAGAAUUAGUUAAAGAUGAUUACAAUGAAACUGUUCACAAAAAGACAGAAGUUGUGAUCACAUUGGAUUUCUGCAUCAGAAACAUUGAAAAAACUGUGAAAGUAUAUGAAAAGUUGAUGAAGAUCAAUCUAGAAGCAGCAGAGUUAGGUGAAAUUUCAGACAUACACACCAAACUGUUGAGACUUUCCAGUUCUCAGGGAACAAUAGAAACCAGUCUUCAGGAUAUUGAAAGCAAAUUAUCUCCAGGUGGAUUGCUGGCAGAUACAUGGACGCAUCAAGAAGGCACUCAUCCAAAAGAUAGACAUGUAGAAAAGCUACAAGUCCUGUUAAAUUGCAUCACAGAGAUUUACUAUCAGUUCAAAAAAGACAAAGCAGAACGUAGACUACCUUAUAAUGAAGAACAAAUCCACAAAUUUGAUAAGCAAAAACUGUAUUAUCAUGCAACAAAAGCCAUGACCCACUUUACAGAUGAAUGUGUUAAGAAGUAUGAGGCUUUUUUGGAUAAGUCAGAAGAGUGGAUGAGAAAGAUGCUUCAUCUUAGGAAACAGUUAUUAUCCCUAACUAAUCAGUGUUUUGAUAUUGAAGAAGAAGUAUCAAAGUAUCAAGACUAUACUAAUGAGUUACAAGAAACUUUGCCACAGAAAAUGUUUGCAGCCUCCAGUGGACUCAAACAUACCAUGACCCCAAUUUAUCCAUGUUCUAACACAUUAGUAGAAAUGACUCUUGGUAUGAAGAAAUUAAAGGAAGAAAUGGAAGGGGUAGUUAAAGAACUUGCUGAAAAUAAUCAUAUUUUAGAAAGGUGAGUAAUACAAAAUCAUCCUGCCUUGUGAUUAUAUAUGUAAUUGAGUACGUACACAUAUAUCUGUAUUUGUAUCAGUCUGUCUUCCUGUAUCAGUAGGUUAAGCAGUGGGAAAGGAACAUUAAGUCAGAACCCUUAGGUUUUGUGAAUUUCUUUUUUUUUAAUUAAUUUUUAAUUUAUUGGCUGCGUUGGGUCUUUGUUGCUGUAUGUGGGCUUUCUGUAGUUGCUGUGAACAGGGGCUACUCUUCAUUGUGGUGUGUGGGCUUCUCAUUGCGGUGGCUUCUCUUGUUGCAGAGCACGGACUAAGUAGUUUUGGCUCACAGGCUCUAGAGUGCAGACCCAGUAGUUGUGGCACACAGGCUUAGUUGCUCUGAAGCUGUGGGAUCUUCCUGGACCAGGGAUCAAACCCAUGUCCCCUGCAUUGGCAGGUGGAUUCUUAACCACUG